UUAAAAUCAGUCUGCUCUGCGUUCCCCUUUUCAAAUUCCCAGUCUCGCGCGCAUCGUUGAAGAAGAAGAAGACGACGACGAUUGACUGAGAAUGGUGCUACUUUGUUUCGUCGUGGAUCUGCGGAAUAUCUCGCCUUCUCUGAUCGGAGAUCUAAAGCAGUCGUUUCUGAAGCUCAGCAACUUACACGCAAUUUCGUCUCCGGUAGAUUCUCUCACUGAUCGGAUCGGUUUGUGUUAUAUCUUGAAAGAUCGAAUUUCUGGAAACGAUCAGUUGAAAUUUGCGUACACUCCUACUGGAAACUUCUGUCUUCGAGACUUCCAUCACGCUAUUAACAGCUUGCCUUUGGAUGCGUUUGUACCUGAGAUCGAUGAAUCGGGAGCCAUAUCUUGCAGAGAUCUAAAGCUAUCAAGUGUUCUAUGUGAUCGAGCUUUGUACUCAUGGGGAGGUAGAGACAUUAUGAGGAAAGUUAUUGUGCUGAGUUCUUGCUUCCCUGAAGAUAUGGAUUCUGAAGCUAAAAACACUCUUAUGGCUGCAACAGAUAAAUGUGUGUCAGUUGAGUUUCUUUUGUUUGAGAAGCAAGAAAGCUAUCUGAGCUAUACGCAGGAGAAGAUUAAUAGAUUCCUCAGAUGUUUAUCGGAUCUUGACAAUUGUUCAUUUCAAACCUGCAUCCCUGAUGGAAAAUCACUUCAUGGCCUUGAAAAGAGAUGGCUUCAGGAGCUAAAGGAUGACACUGGAGAAUCACUGCAGGCUCAGAUUAUCUUCAAAAGUAACCUUGUUGGUUCAGUAAAUAAGGUCUUCUGCAAUAUCACUGCAGCCACAAAUCAGAUUGUCGACGGAUUUAUCCCUUGUCAAACAUGCAGGUGCCACGGCAUCCCAUUACAAGAUUCAGUGGAAAAGCCAACAGAGAAGUUGAAAUGCUCCGUAACCAAUCAUGAACUUGGAAAGUAUGAUGUGAUUGAAAAUUCUGUGAAAGUUGGCAACAGAACAACCCUGUUUUUACCUACAAUCCAUAGCCUCCAGAAACUUCAUCCAGUUUCUUCCCAAGUUGAUUUCAAUGUCAUAGAGAGGACUAAUCUAACUUCUCUCAGCGAAGGCCUACUACUUGGGAUACCUUACAUUGUAAGCCCUUCAACUUGUCAUGAAACAGAAGAAAUGGAUCAACCAGAUUUGAACACUCAGAUUUUUCAGGGACUAUGUGGUGCACUAUAUUCAAUGGACCAAGGCUUGGUUUGUUCUUCAAACUGUAAUCUAGACACCAUGAGAGCCGUGGAAUUUCAUUGUUAUUACGUUCUUCAACCGUCUGAAAAGGGUCCAAUGCUUCUGAGGAGAUUGGCAGGGUCAGAGGAAGUCCUGCCUAUUUGCAAUGUCAGUCAGUUUGCCGAGUCCUCUAUUCCUAGAGAAAUCGAGAUUUCUGUCAAAGGCGCUUUGUUAGAGAUUGAAUCAACAAACUACAAUCCUCUGAUCCACAACAGAGGCUUCCACCAGAAACUGAACCUCAUUGUGAAAGAAAGUCUUCAAUUUGGUUCAUUACAUUCUAACACGAAAGACGCAACAUAUGAAGUGAGCUCAGUCCAUUCAGAUUCUGUAAUUCCAGCGGAACAGACAUUUCCACACAUAGUAAAUCCAGGAACACUUCAGGAAGUUCGUAUAAUUGAUGAAGAAGACAAAGCAACAGCUUCCAUUACUAAAGAAUGGGAACUACUAGUAGUCACUGAGGAGGUUCGCAUGAAGUCUCCUUCUCCGGUUAUAACUACGAUCCGCCAAGUUCUGUCUCCUAUACAGAGUAACAACAAACAGGCUGAUAUGAAAACAUCAAUGAUUUUGGAAAGACUUGAAGCUCCGAGGAAGAUUAGAGGAAACGUUGGAUCACCAAAUGUAGUCAUACAUAAUCCCAUCUCACCAGAUGUCUGUGUCUUUUCUCAGAAGAAGCCUCUGAUUCCUUUUCAGACAACUCAGGUUUCAUCAAGCCAGCUCAUGAAACCCAGCUUUCAGAGACUGAAACGAAAGCAAAAGUGAGCUUUAAGUAGCUCUCAGGCGUAUAAUAGGAAAGGAUCUCGAGAAGACUUGAAGUUUGGAGUAAAGGUAAUAUUCUGUAGUUUGCGUAUUAGGAUACAAACAUGAUCUACUGUUCUUUUCUUUUUUUGUACAAAAACCAAAACUAUAUUAAAUCUCACUAUAUAUGUACAAUUUAAACUAUAUCAAAUACUCUUGUGAAAUAUAUAUAUUUUUAAACUUAUUUUUU